AUGCGCCCCAAAUCCGCAGAUUCUACGUCUUCCCCAUUGCCCGACAUACUUCCAGAUAUCAGCCCAAUCACAGGUCCUGCAAUAGAUCUUUACGAAGAUGGCUACAAUGAUCCAGUGUAUCAGGCGAAAGCUCGCAUCUUGAAUCGUGCAAUUCAAGACAUCGGUAUGGGUAGAUAUCAGUGGUAUCUCUUCGUGGUCACUGGCUUUGGCUGGUUUGCUGACUCUGUUUGGCCCCUUUUGAGCGGACUUAUCCUUACACCUGUCGUCAAUGAAUUCCACUUCAACGGGCCUUUCCUGUCGUUAGCUUCGAAUAUCGGCCUUCUCGUCGGUGCUGUGUUUUGGGGUCUUGGAUGUGAUAUUUGGGGGAGGAGGUGGUCUUUCAACAUCACAUUGUUUAUCGCUGGAAUAUUCGGGUUGGCAUCAGGUGGAGCUCCUAGUUUCGUUGCACUAGCAUCAUUGAUCGCUAUGGUUGGUGUCGGCGUGGGAGGCAACUUGCCAGUGGAUUCUGCUGUUUUUCUUGACUUCGUCCCAGGUUCCCAUCAGUACUUGCUCACCAUCCUUUCCAUUUGGUGGUGUCUCGGACAAUUGCUGUCCAGUCUCGUUGCUUGGCCUCUAAUCGCUAAUUAUUCUUGUGCGAGUACCUCGGACUGCACCAGAUCCAAUAAUAUGGGAUGGCGUUACCUGUUAUUCACCCUGGGCGGAAUCACCCUCUCACUGUGGGCCGUUCGGUUUUUCAUCUUCACGUUAUUGGAGAGUCCGCGUUUUCUAUCUGGCAUCGGUCGUGACGCUGAUGCCAUCGAGGUCAUCCACAAAUUGGCGAAAUUCAACGGAAAGACAUCUCCCAUCACAAUAGAAGAACUUGAAGCUCCCGACAGAGCAAUGUCGGGCGGACAUUUAUCCUCCGGGGAAAGGUACAAUAUAUUCAGCAAGAGCUCGAAAUAUGACACUGGUCAUAUCAAAGCUCUCUUUGCCACUCCAAAAAUGGCUUGGUCGACUAGUCUCUUGAUUGCUAUCUGGGGUGUUAUCGGACUUGCCUCCACGCUGUAUAACAAUUUCCUGCCAUAUUUACUUUCCAGCCGUGGUGCUGUGUUCGGGGAUGGAUCGCUGUACAUAACCUAUCGCAACCAAGUCAUCUUGAGUGUCAUCGGUGUCCCUGCUGCCUUGCUCGCCGGCUGGGCAGUAGAACUCCCAUACAUUGGGCGCAAGGUAACAAGAUGCUUCCAAGUAAUUCCAUUACUCAACGACCUCCUGCGAAAUAAAGGGCUCACUGGCGCGUUUUUGUUCGCGACCACCACUUCCCAGACAUCCAACCAACUCCUAGGGUGGAAUUGCGGAUAUGUGUUCUUUAGCAACAUGAUGUAUGGCGUCUUGUAUGCUAUUUCUCCCGAGAUCUUUCCUGCGAAAGAUCGAGGAACGGGGAAUGGUCUGACGUCCACAGCCUCGAGGGUGUUUGGCGUUUUGGCCCCCAUCAUUGCGCUAUAUGCUAACCUCGCGACGGCGGUACCCGUAUAUAUCGCUGGAGCUCUGAUAAUGUUUGCUGGUAGCCUGGCUCUCUUGUUGCCCUAUGAGCCCAGAGGUAAAGUUUCUAUCUAG